AUGGUAACGAAAAACAUAACAACUGUUGUAACAACAAGAGAACCGCUUACUGUAUCUACCACUUCAAUGUCGACAGAAACAACAAACAUUCUAAAGAAUGAAACAACAGCUUAUACAUCGACAGAAACAACAAACACCUUACAAAAUGAAACAACAACUUCAAUGUCGACAGAAACAACAGAAAUGUUAACGAAUGGAACAGCAGCUACAGGUUUUUUAUGGACAGACACAACAAACAUCUUAACUAAUGGAACAACAGAUUCUCUGAUUACAGAAACAACAAACAUCUUGACAGAUGAAACAACAUCUACUAUGGCAACAGAAGCAACAAACAUCUUGACAGAUGGAACAACAGCUACUCAAAAGACAGAAGCACCAAACAUCUUAACGAAUGGAACAACAACUUCUAUGACGAUAGAAACAACAAACAUAAUAACGAAUAAAACAAAAGCUACAAUGGCGACAGAGUUAGCAAAAAUCUUAACGGAUGGAAAAACAGCUACAAUGCCGACAACAAACAUCAUAACGAAUAAAACAACAGCUACAACGUCGACAGAAACAACACAAAUGUUAACGAAGGGUACAACAAUUACCGUAACGAAUAAAACAACAGCUACAAUGCCGACAGAAACAACAAACAUCUUAACGAAUAAAACAACAGCUACAAUGCCGACAGAAACAACAAACAUCUUAACGAAUAAAACAACAGCAACAAUGCCGACAGAAACAACAAUGCCGACAGAAACACCAAUACCACAACGAAUAAAACAACAGCUACAAUGCCGACAGAAACAACAAGCAUCUUAA